AUGGCAGCUGAAAUUCCCUGUGUCGCAGGAGAGGCGACCUACACACUUGGACUGAGUAUCUCUCAAGUGUCCGAUGAUGGUGAGAAGCGAACACAUAUGCGUUUGAGCAUCCGCUUUCCACACAAGGACUUUGCCGAACGUCUGGAACAACACUUGAGGGGUGUUGACAACGGGGCCACCUUCAACAGGGAAUCUGUCAAGAUCAGCCGCGACGACACGCGCAAGGUGCACAUCCUUCUGCCAUCAUGCGUUCGCAGAAUCGAAACCAACGACAAAGGAAUCACUUUGGUAUUCAAGAAAAAGGAGGACGCCGAUACUUGGAAAAAGCACUCGCAAAUCUGGUCGCGGAAGGGGCAACAACCAACCGAGGUCGACGUCUACAACAAAUGGACGCACAAAAAGCUGGCAGAGACCGUUGGUGCUUAA